AAUAAUGUACGAAGAACACUGUACAAUAUGCUCACUUAAGUACCGACUGUUACGCUGCACGAGUACCUAGUUACACAGAUAUUCACGAAUUAGUGUGUUUCGACAGUUUCAAAUACAAAGUUCUUUUUUAACUUUUAAUUGUUUUUGUUCUGUAUCAACAGCUUUUACUAUGCACCGAUGACCACGUAAACUUUAAGUAAGUAAUCAUUAAGUCUUAUCAUGGAAAUGGCAACCAACACCAAUAAUAAAACAAUAGUAAACGAAAGCAAUCAAGAUUGUACCACCAUCUCUUUCGAAACUCACGAUACUCAUCCCAAAGCGUGCAAAGAAGGAUUCAACAUCAAUACAAAUUGGCAUUUUCCGCGAUUACUGAUCAGUAACAACAAGCAAUUAGCGCUAAAAUGCCUGUGCCAUGGAGUAGUCUUCGCUUAUAUGUUAGCUGCCAUCAACCAUUGGUAUAUGAGCGGCGUAAAAGAUAUGGGUUGGAGAAACGGAUUUGGGCUACUAAUUAUUAUCACCGCGUGUUAUUACGGUAUGCAACCAGUCAAAUGUUUAUUCACAUUAAUACCAUUUGUGAAGGUGUUGCCGCACGCGUACUUCAAGAUUGGAGUGCUAUGUUCUUUCUCAGGGUUAUUCAUUAUAUUUAUUUUAUUCGACACAAAAAACGACCGGCAUAGGCUAUUGCCAUUGAUUGGACUUUGCGUAUUCAUUCUUGUUGGAUUCAUAUUUUCCAAACACCGUAGCCACGUAAAUUGGACUACGGUUGUGUCCGGUCUAGCCACACAGAUAACUAUAGGUAUGUUAACUAUCAGAUGGCAGGUCGGCCGAUCUAUAGUCCAGGCAAUCGGAGAAUUGGCCGAAAAGUUUUUCUCCUUUGCGUAUGUCGGAGCUAAGGUGACUUAUGGAAAUGAAUUAAUUGACAAUUAUGGUGUGUUCGCAUUUAAGGUGCUUUCAGUGUUAUUCUUUAUGUGUUUUGUUAUUGAAAUAUUAUUUUACUAUGGAAUCAUACAAACAAUAGUUAUAAAAUUGGGGUGGUGCUUGCAAAAGUUACUAGGAACGACAGCAGCCGAAUCAGUCAAUACCUGUGCUAGCGUGUUUUUAGGGAUGUCAGAGGCGCCUAUUAUCAUUAAACCAUAUUUACCUGAUUUAACAGAAUCAGAAAUCCAUGCUGUUAUGAUGGGAGGAUUUUCAACAGUAGCUGGAACUGUAUUUGCGGCAUACACAUCAUUCGGUAUUGAUUCAGCCUAUCUGAUUACUGCAUCAGUCAUGUCAGCUCCAACUGCGCUGAGUUUCUCUAAACUAAUUUUUCCAGAAACUGAAAAAUCAUUAAACAGUGUGGAUCAAAUAUGUACUAAAAAAACUAACGACGAGGGUAACGUAAUGGACGCGGCUUGUAAAGGAGCCCAGUUUGGAUUGAAAAUAAUUGGAGCGAUUGUCGCCAAUAUAGUGGCAUUCGUGUCGUUUGUGGCGUUCCUCAAUGCAAUUAUUUCAUGGUUGGGAGAUUUGGUCGGAAUCGAAGGUCUAUCAUUCGAGUAUGUAUUGGGCAAGAUAUUGAUACCCGUCACGUGGCUGUUAGGCGUCGAUCCUAGCGAAUGUGAAACUGUCGGCAAAUUGAUCGGCCUGAAAAUGACAAUUAAUGAAUUUGUGGCGUAUAAACAAAUGGGCGAUCUAAUUAAAGAAGGCAAACUUAGCCCCAAAUCGAAAAUUGUUGCCACUUUUGCUUUAUGUAGUUUCGCCAAUCCAGGAUCGAUUGGGUCAAUGAUUGCCACAUUGACAACAUUGUGCCCAUCACAGCGAUCGUCGAUAACUAAAAAUGUAUUUAGAGCAUUCCUCGGCGGUACGGUAACCUGUUUUUUAACGGCUGCUAUUGCUAGUUUAUUAAUGCCUGAUGAAGGAUUACAAAACUAAAAACAAUAAUUUAUGAUUGUAAUUUUUGUAUGUACAUUUUUUUUUAAAUUUAUACGGUAUAUUAUUGUGGUUUAUUAUUUCUACAUAAUAAUAAGCAAUAAGCAUAGGUAUCUGUAUUUCCUUAUUGGUAGGUAAUAUAUUUUAUUACAGUUAUGAAAAUCGUAUCAACGAAAUUCUCAUUCUGUUUUGAUAUGCAUGACUAUUUUAUAUUGUUA